AAGUAAGCCGAUUCAGGUGGAAAUCAGUUGAGUAUUCUUUAGUUAUAUAAAAAUAUUCGUAGCUCAAAGGUGCGGCCUUAAAACAAGAGAAGCCAAACCCUUGUCUGCUAUUUAAAAUGGCGCCGCGAGAAAGCGUUUUCACAAGCUCAUCCCCUUCUUUGGAGGAUAUGAUAGAAGCCGUUGAUAAAAUAAAGUCGUUGAUUGAAGCAAAGAGACUGAAAAAAAAAUUGUUUUACGAUAUGGUAUUGGGAUUUCGAGCACUUGAGCGCGCAUUGCGGCAUAAGCAAAUGGAAGCCUGCAAGUUGAUUAUAAUGUGGCUGAGCUUAUAUUUGAAAAUUCAGUCCAAUAUUAGUACUCAAGAUGAGGGUAUUCGCGAUCAAUUUGAAAAACUUUUGCCUUCAGCUGUAACAUAUAUGAUAGGUUGUCUACAACACAAAGCAAAAGGCAUAAUCUCUUAUCAUUACCAAUUAUUGGAAAUGAUACAUGAGCUUUUAAAUAACGUACGACCAGAGGUUCUCGAAAAGUUGGCGAAAUUCGAAAGUGGAAUUAUAGCUUGUAUUUGGUUUCCCAUCGACUUUGUUGGAGAUUUUAAUACGCAAAUGAUGGCGCUACGUUUACUUGUAAUGUUACUUAAGUGUGUCGAUUCAACGCGGCUUCAAAGUGAACUUAAUAAUAUACGUUGUGCAGACAAGUUUUUCUUGAAAGAUAAAUUGACCAGAGCGAUCGCUUUUGCUAACUUCCACUCAGCAAAGUUCGAAAACACUGCUCGAGAUUUGCUAAAUACGUAUAACAUGCAUUUGGCGAAAAAUAUUCUAGUUUACUCAUUUCGUUGCAAAACAUUCAAAUUCGGAGAAAGUAUUGAAUUUUUCAAGCCCAUGAACGCUGACAACUUUUGGGUAGAUUUCAACUACUGCCCUGGUACGCUCUCAUUCAGUGGACUUUGCCAAACAAACAACAAAGCAACCUGUGCGAAUUGCUCUGUGAUCCUGCAAAUUGAGAAGUUAUCACUAAAUUACCUCACGCUGGUCGUGCAUUUUCGAACACCUGUUCAACUUAUAAACGCUUUAGACGGCUUUCAAGACAUAACUAAUAUGACAACAGCUGAAAUUAUCUUGUCAAGAGAGGAGGCUAUGCGUUUGUUUGAAAACAAGUUUAUUUUGAAAUACUACAAUAAACCACAUCGACCAAAAAAUGCAUCGUUUGUUAAAUUGCAUAACACUGCCACAACGAUUCUCUUCCAAAGCAUUGAACGUGCAAAUUCAACAGGUUUUGAUAAUUUGCUAUCCAAAAGCAAUAACAGUUCCAGAAAUAUCGUAAAUAAUGAAAAUAAAGAGAAUAUACCACCUGAGAAGAGAAGUACUUCAGGAACAAACUCUGAGCUAUUAACAAAUCAAUGCUCUAACUCUCGCCAUUCAAACGUGGAAUCAGUUUCCAGUGAAUUUCAAAAAAGCUUUGACUUUUUAAUAGGCCUUUCCAAAAAAGACACAGAAGUAGUAGAUCCGAAGCCUCAAACAGAGGAUACAACACUGUAUGACAAAUCUGAAAAGUCAAUGGAGGAAUUAAACUUCAAACUACCACGCUUACCAAAUUUAGAAAAACAACUAAACAAAACUGUUUUGGAAAACAGUCAGCAAACAGAAAUUAUGCCGAAAAUCGUUGAUUACUGCACAUCAACUUCAGAAUCUCGCCCAUCUCCUCAAAAGUCAAUAAGUCCAUCAAAAAACUGCGUUAAAAAAACUCAAAAGCGAUUUUUCAAAACUCAGACCUCUACCUCUGAAAGUGACUGUAUUUCAAGCAAACCGAGACGAAUAGCCCGGAAACAAAAUGCCAGAAAUAAAACUCAAAGAUCUAUUGAUGUUCCCGUAAAAAAGGCCAAGAAAGUUAACGAGGUUAAACCCAUGUUGAACUCGAACAAAGAAUUAAAUCGAUCAGAACCAAACAUAAGUAGCAAUAUACCCACUAACGAAAUGAAUACCGUUAUCAACACAAGUGUGCUUGAUUCCAAUCCGCGCAACCUUUUUGAUUCCUGUUUUUCGAAUCUGCCAUUGGAUGAAUAUGAAAACCGUGUUGUUAGUGAUGCCGAACCAGGUAGAUCUUAUCGCAAUUUCAAAAUUCGACGAAAUCCUACUGAUCAGCAGAACACCACUUUGGAAUCCAAGAGAUCUCGAAAAACGUUGCCACGGGCAGUUAAAAAAGAUGUACCACAUGAGUUUUUGCUUGCAGGAAAAUCUCAGGCAUCACGCAAGUCCUCCAAGCAAAUGAAGAAGCGACCACUUUGUAUGAAUCCAUUCGAUGAAAUAAAGGCACAAGAGGAUAUUCCACACAAAAUCGCAAAGCCUAACGAAAUAGCAUCCGAUGAGAAAAAUCAGUGCAUAUACCCCGCGGAAAUGGAAAACUUUGCAAAUGCGGUACUUCGUAGUUGCACAUCUUACAAACAAAAUGAAUCAGUACGAAAUGCUCUCAACCGAACUGUAGCCACGAAUGCAACAAAUCAAACAUUAAACUGUUCAUUAAAUCCAAAAGUGACCGCGAAAACUUCAACACAGUUAUUUCAAGAUAAUAAUAAUGAGAUCGAGGCAACUAGUAUUAGGAGCAUUUCAUCAGUUUCAGAAGAUACCGAUAAAAUAAAUGAAGACCAAGUUGAAGAAAUACAAGAAUGUCGUCAAAACACUGGACGGGAGGAAGCAACUGCUGUAAGUGACUACGAAGAGUUUAGCGAUUGUCCGACGUUUCCCAGCUUGAUGGAUAUCUCCGAUAUACUGUUUACAUCUGACUGUGAGUCAACUAAAAAUAUAACUAUUCAAACAAAGCGACCGAAUAAGCGUAACCCAAAGUCAGUCACUAAGAAAAAUUUCUGUGACUUACCUAAUCAAGCUAAGGAAUCUAAUAUGUUAAUACCUCAAAGUAGUCUUAUAUAUUGUUCAAGAUCAGAAAACGAUAGUGAUAGCGAGUACUCAACCAUUUCACACAACGAUGUAGUUAAUCCAAAUUCGCAGACUUUGAAAUUACCACAACACGAGUUUGUAACGCCACAAGUGCCGAUGAAAAAUUUUCAAAAAACUACCAGCGUAACUAAAUGUCAUGUCAGCACCACAGCAACAUCCAUAAUCACCCAGCGAGAUCGCGUUGUUCAUCAUGAAGAAUUUGUAGUCAAUUUAGCAGGCAUAUCGAACACACCACUAAACCUUUCGCAAAGCUGCUCGCGAGCCACUAAAACUACUACAACCAUUGUAAAAGAAAAGAAAGAAAUCAGUCUGAAUAAUUCCUGCCGGACAUCCGCGAAUAUAACAGCGCUAACACCGAAGUCCCUGAAUCAAGAGUCAUCAAAUUUACUUACAACCUAUAAAGAUAAUUUAAAUUUCGAGUUAGAACAAAUGGAGACUAACAUCAGCAAAAAUUCGGCUAGUGUGUGCAUUAAAAAAAUUUGCGACGUCGGUGAAAGUAUGGUAAACGAAAUUGAGCGCGAGCGCAAAUCAUUGUUAGAGCUGGAAGGGAAUGCUGAACGACUCGCUCGUCAAUUGGGUUGGCAAUAUGAGGCUUAUCAGCGAAGAACACAACAAUUUGAAUGUUUUAAACGAAACGUCGAAACCCUCCUACGCGUGUUAAGUAAUGUCAAUCUACUGGAAGAAGUUCAAAUCGAUACAGAAAAUAAGAUCCAGCAGCUUCAACAAACGUCCAAUUCCAUAACUAAGCACAAUUGGCGUAAUUUUAUCAACGAAACAACAGAAAACUUAUUAAAAGAUCUUUCCUCACUGUCAGACUUGUAAUACAAGUAUCUAAUUUUUAAU